GUGAGUUACCAUCAUGGACCACGACCUCAACUUGGUACGAAGAACAAUCAACCAAACGCAGUCCGUUCACAGAGCACAUCACAUAUCGCAUCACCUGACGGUCCCGACCUCAGCGUUCAACUCAAUCCGUGGCUCAUAUCUCAGCUCAGACGGAAUCUAAGUUCCAUGGUAAACUACAAUCGCCGAGAGCCGACCACUGAAGGCCUAAUGACCACGUCGAACGUCCCUCCGCAUCUCAUCAACUGGAACCAGCCGGGAUCGGUGGGUGCCCCCGGAGACCUCGAGCAGCUUCUCGGCGCGGACUCAGCCAGCGUCUCGGCGUUGCUGGCUGAUCAGACCAAAGAAGGGCUAACUGAUGUCAUCCGGGCACUCACACAGUACCAUCUGAUCAGGGGCUCGGUUCCAUACAGCGGUGAAGUAAUCCCCGGCCCAGUGCGCCUCGACCAAUGCCAGGAGGCGUGCUCCAGGGCAGAUGCACUCGACUCCGAACCUCCAGGCGUGGUGGAGGGAGGCUUCAAGGCGACCGUCACCAUCUUGCUGUGGGCCAUCCUGGCGGUCGGCGCCGCCUGGGUGGGGCCGGCCGCCGUGGGAGGCAGGUUCUUCGCCACGCGCUCAGAGCCAGCGUGUGGCCUCCUGGCCGGCGUCAUUGGUCUAGGCUCGUGCGGUCAACUGGAGGACGUGUACCAGCGUCUGGUCACAGGUGAGGGAUUCACGUGA